UUCUGCUCUCUAUGUUUAGGUCAGCCUUAUCAGCGUGGUCUCACAGCUAUUCUUUGCACGAUAGGCAGUGAUAGCAUCACUAAGUCUGUCAUCCAUAAACUUACUGUCUUGUUGGCCCAACAGUACUUCAUAAACUUUAUUCACGCAUGGCAACACCGUGAUAGGUCUAUAGUUUAUAUCCCAUUGUUUAUCCAGUUUAUCAUCCUUCUUAUGUACUGGUGUCCAUUCCCCACGCUUAAGCUUUGCUAUCCAUUCUCCAUUUCUAAUCGCU